AUGAUAUCCAAAAUCCCAGCACCCAAAACAAUACAAGACAGACUCUCACUGGUACCCCCCAUACGAAGAUCUCGCAGCACGAGUAAUCCAGAACUUCAAUUCUCUAUCCCUGGAAGUUUCACACAAGAGGAAAAUAACCCCAGAAGCCAGUCCGGAAACCGAAAUCCUUAUUUCAAUAAUUUCAUUCCCCGAAGACGCCGCGAAGACGGUGAAAUCGAUCUCGAGGGUCAAUAUCCCAGCAUCCAGACCCCAAGAAAUCAUUUACAGUACGAUUUCGACGACAGCUUUGGAGACAGACAUCGCAGAAUCAGUGAUACCCACGAUCAAAACUCUAUUCCCUACUUCAAACAUCGCGUAAAUGAAUCACAAAGCCCAAAUCCAACUACUCAAGAUCCACAUCAAAAGACAAAUCCAGAAUCGACUUCCGCGUCAACACAGAGAUCGCGGCGUAAAGAUCAUUUAGAAAAUGGAUCCUCUCAAGCCAAACCACUAUCUAAUCCAAGGGACUACACCAUCGACGACAUUGAAAGCCAGCGUUUCAGAGCACCAAAGUCACCUGCUAUUCCCAUCGACCUCGACUUCUCUGGAGUUAUACAGACGCUUCGAAGACCCAUAGAUUAUUUCGGAGCAAAUAAGGAGGAGACGAAGGAGAUGUGGCAGUGUGUGCCGAAUGAGGAUUUGGAGGAGGGGAUGGUAUGUUUUAUUUUCUUUCGCUUGAUACUCUUAAUUAUUGAGAUGUGGAAUCUUGAAGACAAUGCUAAGUGA